AUGGGCUCCUUGGGAGCAAAGAAUGUCUUCGACACGCUCCCCGCAGCGUUCCCCCAUGCCACUGUUCCUGAAGAUGUCAACGUGGAAGACGCGGCGGAUUGGGUGAUCUCGCGACUGGAACACCUCGACACCGACCUGUUGCGCGACGACGCUAUUUGGCGGGACUCUUUCGCCCUCACGGGAACGCUGCGGACGUUUUAUUCAAACAGGACAAUCACUGAGGUCUGGAAAAUCCUGACCGCGAGCCACGGCGCUCGAGAUUUUCGAGUAAUCCCCCAAACUCCGCGGGUUAUGAGGCUGGCCGAGGACAACCAGUGGGUAGAGGCCCGUUUCGAGUUCACGACCACAAAUCCGGCCACCGCCGCUUCUGGAAUCAUGACAUUGGUCCCGGUUGGCGAUGGCACUUGGAAGAUCUGGGUCCUCAGGACGAUUUUGGAGCAGCUAGCGGGCGCGGGCAAUGUCGACGCUCUUGAACCAGGUCCAAACCGCACAAAGCAAGACAUUACCGACUUUGAUGCAGUUGUUAUCGGAGGUAGCGGAGCCGGAUUGGCCACUGGUGGACGUCUUCAAGCCUUGGGAGGGGUCAAUUAUGUGAUUAUCGAAAAGAAUGCUCACAUUGGAGAUGCUUGGUCUGUUCGGUACUCGUCGGCACGUUUUCACACCAUUAGGGAAUACUCACACCUUCCAUUUGAGCGCACGUUCGGACCAGAGCACGAAGAAUACCUGGGCAAGGACGCUGUGGCAGAGGCCCACCGCAAAUGGGCGGAGAAGUAUGGCGUGGUAAGUUGUCCUCUAUCGACCAAAGUGGAAUCUGGAAUCUGGAAUGCAGAGAAGAGGCUGUACACUCUGAAAAUCUCCAGAAAUGGCGAAAACUCUGAAAUACGGACCAGACAUGUUGUCAUGGCGACGGGGGCAGGUUCAGAGACGCCGAAAAUCCCACUCAUUGCCGACAAGGAACUUUACAAAGGUUUGGUGUUACACUCGGUAAGCUACAAAGAUGCGAAAGCGUGGAAAGGCCUGUCGGGGGUGGUGGUAGGGUCUGCCAAUACCGCACAUGAUGUGGUGGAUGACAUGUAUGAGGCUGGAAUGAAGUCAGUCACAAUGGUACAGCGAUCACGGACAUAUGUGCUUCCGGUCGAGUACAUUGAUGUACCCUACAAGAUGGUAUACAACGAGAGAAUCCCCACCGAGAUUAGCGACAGGAUGUUCAUGUCGAACGCCAUCGCGGUCUCCCGACUCAUGACAUCGCACCUGUUCACUGCCAAAGCCAAAGCACAGCCAGAACGAUGGGCUGCCCUCACUCGCGCGGGGUUCAAUGUCGAUCCAUACGGGGAUAUUGCAGAAGCCGUCAAUAUCAGACUGGGCGGACAUUACAUUGAUGUUGGCACAUCCGCCAAGAUCUCCAAAGGACUGAUCAAAGUCAAGUCCGACUCUCCAGCUGUCCGGUACUACGAGAAAGGUCUCGUCUUCGCCGACGGGACCCAAAUCGAGGCGGACGUGAUCAUCUUCGCGACCGGGUUCGUGGGGAACCUGAAGCAGCACGCCGCCGAGAUCUUCGGGCAGGAGGUUGCCCAGCGAGCUGGUGACACCUGGGGCUUGGAUUCGGAGGGAGAGGUCCUUGGAGCUUACAAGCCCACCGAUCAACGAGGCUUAUUCUUCCUCGGCGGGGGGCUAGGAUAUGCGAGGUACUACUCUCGGUAUAUCGCGUUAUCGAUCAAGGCGGACGUCGCGGGCACGCCUCUGCCAAUCUAUCAGAAACACAAAUUUGUUCCUGCGUGA